UUCCAAUUUAGAAAGCGCACUGGAGGAGUUCUUUCCUGUUGUUUUCUGCGCGUAUAUAUAAAGAUAUAUCUUCAUAUAUCUCUUCGUAACUCAUAAAGGUUGAAGCUACGGCCCUGCUUCGUUUCGUGAUUAUCCGCCGGGAAAAUUCGCUGCCGUUCGGUUUAGGUAAAGGUGAAGAUUCUGUGGUUUUGUUAAAGUUUUAAACGGCCAUUCGCUUGGAUUGAGGGAUUUCACGGAAGAAUUUCUCUCUGUUUUGUGGAUUUUUAUAUGCAUCUGAUGAUUUGAAUUCAUCUUGCUGUUGAACUUUCGGCUGUUCUUCGUUUGGGAAAUUGGAAUGGGAGUGAAGGUAGCUAUGACAUGUUUACAAUGGUCGAAGCCUAUUGUUCAUCAUUCUUCUUGUUAUUCUCCAUCCCUAGCCUCCGCUCCUUCGUCGACGCGGCGAAACCGUAGCGAUGGAGGAGCUCUGACGGGGCGGUGUGCGUAUACGCUUGGUCGACCAGGUCUAUUAGGAAUCCAGUUCGCGAAGUUUCAACGGUCGCGCUAUUGCGGCAAUAUUAAGCCAAGAAUUCGGACCAUCACAAGAGCGUGUAGUUCCAAUAUGGUGGACGGUUUCUCAGACGAAGAGUUCUCCAAGCAGAUUCAAGAUUUGGCGAUUAGGUUUCAAAUGUCCGCUGAGAACAGCAUCCAUACCAACGCCGAGAGUUCGGGUUCCGAUUCCAGUGUUGAUCAUGAAUUUAACACUGUCGAAUGUUCUGUACAAAAUCAGAUCCAAAUCACACCGCCUCAACUCGUUACAACAGAAUCUCCAUGGCCAGAAAUCCACCAAGAACCUGCGGAAUGGGCGCAAGAAAGUGAAAUAAUAAUUCCAGACGAUAUCGAGCGGAAAGCGAAUUGCGUUGAUCUUCCUUUAUCUCUUCGAAUGUUAAAGAGGAAAGUGCAAUGGCGCCAAGGCAUCAGCGAAGCUAGAGAAUCCGCUUAUUGUUCAGUAAAGAAGGCAUUCUCCUCCAUGGUUUUCAUGAUUAGUGAGCUUCACAGUUAUUCGUUGAAAUUGAGAGAGAUCCUCUUUUACGAAGAUUUACAAGGCAUUCUGAAUCGAGUUGAAAAAGAGAUGCACGCUUCGUUUGUAUGGCUAUUUCAGCAAGUUUUCUCACACACUCCAACUCUAAUGGUGUAUGUGAUGAUUCUGUUAGCGAAUUUUACAGUCCACUCAAUGGGGAAUAAUUCCGCAAUUGCGGCUUCCUCAUCACCUACCCCUUCUCUAACGCAGAUGGUCGAGGAAGUUGUUCAAAUCGAGAAUCAAAAGCCAGAGAGAUUGGAUUCCUCUACAAUCAAGACGUUCUCAGUGUCUGGGAAAACAGCUUCCGUUAGCGGCGGAAAUGGAGGCGGCGGCGGAAAGGUCAGACCGAUUGCCAGUGGCACAGACGGCGAUGGAUUCAAUUCAUCAGACAAUUAUCCCACCGUCAUGCCGGACGGUACUUCCCAAAUGUCCUCAAUAGGAUCUUCAGCAGAAGAAGAGUUGUCGAUAUCAGGGAUCAGAGAAGAAGAGACUUCUCUGUGGAAUUCAAUUCUCAAAGAAGCUUCACAAAUGAGAAAUGAAGAAAUCGACGAAAACGCCAUAAGGAGAUUCGUAUCGCCGGUGAUAGCGAACAUCGAAUCGGACACCUACACCGAGUAUUUCAGAACAGAGCUUCUUUACCAAACGGGGCUAUCCCAAGACCCAAACAAUCCACUUCUCCUCGCCAAUUACGCUCAAUUUCUCUGCCUCGUGGCCCAUGAUUACGACAGAGCGGAGGAUUACUUCAAGAAGGCAGUGGAAGUGAAGCCGGCUGAUGCAGAGGCGUUCAAUAAAUACGCGACGUUCUUGUGGAGGGUUAGAAAGGACUUAUGGGCGGCGGAACAGACAUUUCUUGAAGCCAUUUCUGCGGAGUCUGGGAACCCAUUUUACGCUGCAAAAUAUGCCGAUUUUCUCUGGAGCAGUGGCGCCGAAGAAACGUGUUUUGAAAAUUCUUAAAUCCAGAGAAUGAUAAUAUCCCAAGUUUCGAAAUCCUCGGAGAUGGAAAACAAGUUGGGGUCUAAUGGCGGGCGGCGAGUGAAUUGGGGUCUAAUGGCGGCGCCGUGGUUGAUCAGAGACGGGAUUUUGUUCGGCUGGUGCGGGAAUAUUUAUCCUAAUUCCAAUGGGCUCUCUUGAAACUGUAAGCUCUUCCUCUAUGUGUACAUUUUCUUACCCUCUGUGGGCGCCGUUUCAGAUGGCAAACUGUAAUUAUUCUUUUUACAAAAUGUCAAUUUCUGAAUAGGAAAAAGAAGAAAAGAAAAAGGAAAAUAAUGAGAUA